AUGCCACACAUGCGGGAAGUCAAGACUUGCGACAGAUGUCGCCAUUUCAAGAGGCGAUGCGAUCUUGUCAAACCUUCGUGUACCCGAUGUAUCCAGGCCGGAGUUCGCUGCAGUUUCGAUGUCCCAAGCACUACAGCAGCUGCAUCUCAUGAGUUCACGACAAAUGUUUCGCCAACAGCUUCAUCAUCCGUAUUGCCAUACAACACCGCAGGAUAUGCGUCAGUGCCAGUUUCGGGGUCAAUUACUGCUCUAGCCUCUUCAUCCGAGUCGACCAUUCCAAAAUCAGGCUCUGCACCUCUGCCACGACGAGCAUCAGGCAGCUCACUUACUAGUGGUCGUUCACCGCCAUCGUCGACGACACAGAACACCAAAGGCGAUCCCGCAGCAAACGGCCUAAUUUCACCCACGACAACGGUCGAAAGCCCGGAGCCGAGCCGGGUCGUCUCUUCCGACUCCUUGGCAGCCCAAAACGGAGCUGACUCCAGUAAUCAGCAAGGUCAACGCAUUGUGCGAAAGCGGAAACGGAAUUGCCUAAGUUGCUUGCGCUGCCAUCGCCUCAAAGUCAAAUGUGACAAAGAGCUUCCCUGCGGGCGAUGCAAGUCCAGUGGUAAUGGAAGGGAGUGCUACUACAGCUACAACAAAGGGCCUAACGGCGGAAAAUUUCCCUGCCCUACUGCGCCAUCCGGAGGUCCAAUGGACCCAGAUAGCAAGAAGCCUCAGUUAGCACCGUGGCAGAUAACCCAUAAAGUCCGAGGAUCGAGUCAUUGGCGAGAGCUGAUGGCCAAGAUUGGAUCACUUACGCCAAUGGCACAAUCUCCUCUUGCCAAAAUCCUAGAAGGUGUGGCCACAAAUGCUUGCUUGGCGAACUUCUCUUUGCCAGGCAACUUCCCCUUUGGCACGCCCGGGGCCACGAAAUAUUAUGCUCGAGAUACCAUCACCAGGCUCAUAGCUGGCGAGAGGGAUAACGUCGAGGAUUACCUUGGCCGAUACCAGGACAUGCUAGAGGUUGUCAAUCCCGUCGUGGAGAUGCCCACGUUCAGAGAAGAAAUUGAGCGAUACUGGCAGGAACCAAACACCGUCGGUUUAUGCUGGCUUGCACAAUUCCUAAUGGUCCUAGGUCUCGGCAGUUUCACGUCUGGAGACGACCCGGCUGUCGCCAUAGAGUUCAUGAUGGCCGCUGAGGCAUGCAUUAUGCAAACACCAUUCAUGUUCCGGCCCACAAUCAGUACUGUCCGAACGUUCACGCUGAUGGUUGUGGCCAAACAAAUAUGCAACGCUACGUGUUGGGCUAUGGACUCAUCCUACACCCUCAUGGGACACUUGGUCCGCCUGGCAUUUAUCCUCGGCUUGCCGCAGGAACGUAACGACAACGAUGAAGAGCUGCGCGACCCCGAGGAAAAGGAGACGAGGCGGAAAUUGUGGCUGACGAUUUUGUAUCUCGACAUCAAAGUGUCCAUGUGUACAGGGAUGCCGCCGCUGACAAGACCAGAAGAACUCGGCGGUCUACGAGACAUGCCUCAUUGGCGAGCCCCUGACAGUCUCCAGAUGGUACUCUACCAAGCCUUGCCGAUUGUUCUGAACAUUCUCGCACAGAUGAACUCGAAGCGAGACCCAAUAUCCUACCCCGAUGUCCUGCGGUACAGUGCGCAGCUUCGAGAACUGAUGGGACAUGCGAAGCGCGUUUGUCAAGCGCCGCUGCAGCGCAUCACCAUCGACAUCUUCUUAAGGCGAUGUCUCAUGGUCAUGCAUCGGCCGUUUGCACUUCAUGCAGACGGUCCUACCAUGUUCCCAGAAUCGUACUGGUCAUCUUUGGAGUGCUCACUGGCAUUGUUAUUUCAUUACCGUGAGCUUUGGGACCCAGACACCACGCAAGCACUUGACUUGGUCGGUAGGCCAUUCGUUCUCGAUAUCUUUUCGGCGACUUUGACCACUUGCGUACACAUGCUACGUCAGGAUGCGCCGCUAAGUGAAGCAGCCGCAACGGGAUGUCUAAUACCUCCGCGUCAACUUAUCCUCGAGACGCUCGUCAGCUGUGUUGACAUUUGGGCAGGGGAGCAGGAGAAGAGCGUAUGCUGGCGCACGGGGUAUCACAUCUUGCAGGCUCUCAUGGUGAUUUUGGAUGCCCCUGGAGCACGAGCAGCUCAGUCGGAUGACACUUGA